AUGGAGAUGGUAGGCAGUGGCGGUGGUGACUGGUUGAUUGCAGUGGUGGUAUUGGUUGAUUGCAGUGGUUGUGUCAUUCUCAAUCUUGUAAUCGGAGCACAAAGUGAUAGAGAAAGCCAUAGAGGACGAGUACUGGAGCAGGAAAGGCAGUGUCCAGGGCCAAAACUAAAAGUUGCAGGUGAGGUAAUUGGUCCUUUGCUUGCUGUGUUCCUUGCUAUCGCAUCAUAUUGGAUUUAUAGAUCAAUCAAACUGAAAAAAGAGACUGAAUUAAAAAUUGAGCAAUUCUUGGUGGAUUACAAGGCACUCAAGCUAACAAGAUAUUCUCAGUGGUAUCCAGUUGAGCGACCCUCCAUGAAAGUAGUAAUUCAAAUGCUUGAAUCAGAAGAAACUGCUUCCAUGCCACGUAACCCAUUUACUUCCACGAAUGGAACGCAGAAUGCAACAAAUGCACGUGGAAGAAUAUUCAGCAGCGAACUUGAAAUCAUUUCAGAAUCCGAGUGA